UAUCGGCUCAACAAUUAUUUUACGAAUUAUAAAGAAGUAGUUUUUCUUACAAAUGUAGCUAUCGAGCUUGCAUAUAACAAGAAUGAUUUAACUGUAGGAGAUACUUCUGGAUUAAAUGGAUUGGAACAUGUAAUUGAAAAAAUAGUUAAUGAUACUUCAUCAUUUCUCGUUGAAGAUUAUUACGUGAAUUUCAACAAAAUUAAUUUUAUGAUCGCUGUACCGGAAAAAACGGAUAUUGUCUCUAAUAUAAGGGAAUUUGAUUACCAACACAAUUACUUAAAAUGCAUGCAUUACCAGUAUAUAAUGCAACUAGAAAUAAGACAUACAUUAAACAUUACUAUUCCUAAACCUGAAGCAGAUUUCGAAGCCUUAAAUUUGACAACCCUUGCAGAACAGAGAAGACGUCUUGUUAAACCAGCUUUGAAAAAUAUAUUCAAACGUUUGCUAGGAUCAAUGUAUAAUCAGUUUAUGAUGCAGCUAGAAAUAAGAGAUUUAUUAACUGAUGAAGUCCGAGAUUUGCAGGGCUUAAAUUUGACAACCCUUGCAGAACAGAGAAGAGUAACUGGAACAUCUUUAGAAAAUAAAAUCAGACGUGUACUAAAAACUGAUGUUCCUGAAAUCGUUAAAGACCAAAAUGGAUCUGUACUUGAUGUCUCUUUAUUACGGAUGUGCCGUUUGAUAGCAUUAUACAUAAGUACACAGUUUCCAACAUCAUACAUAAAAAAACUUCAGAUAGAUUUCAUUGAUGGUACUUGUAUUAUGGAUGAUGGAAUUACCAAAAAGAAAUACAAAAAAGUUAAUGGCAUAGUGUGGAAUAUAAGCCCAACUACUUAAGGAGCAGUUAAUUUAAUUUAUACCAGAAAUCAAUGGUAAAACUCUACUAAAAUUAUAUAAUACUAUUAUUUUUUUUUUUUUAAUAAUAUGUUCUUAUUGCACUACUAGCUGUCAAUUGAUUAAUUGUAAUUCCCAAUAAACCGUUUUACUCACGAUUAUGAUCACAUUUGUUGCUUA